AAAUGGCGUCGUUGCUGCGACACGAUGGUAUCAUCUUAGAUUACAGUGAUACAGCACCGGCCCCAAGCAAAGACUUUUGUCAAAUUCUGAUUGACCAUUGGCAGGUAAUAUUCCGUUGGUGGAAAAUAUCUCCAAGAAAUGAAGGGAAGAAGGCACCACCAGGAGAAAUCAAGGAAUCUUAUGAUGAUUUUUUGCAUGAUGAUAGGACGCAAAGUGAAGUCCACAGGGUAUUUGGUGUACAUUUCCUGGAAUAUGUGAAAAGGAUUGCAGAGGGACACAUUGACUAUUUCCCCAGAAUGCCACCAGAGCAUAUCAUUAGAAUUCUUUCCUACCUGGAGCUUGAAGAUCUAGCCAGGGUAGCACAAGUCUCUAAGCAAUUCAGGGAGUUGUGUAACAGCAACGAACUGUGGGAAAAGAUUUAUCGCGCCAACAGUGAAACCCCUAUAACACCUCAGCUGCAACAGUUGGCAAAUGAACAGGGCUGGAAGAAAUUAUUCUUUACCAACAAGUUGCAGUUACAGGUCCAGUUGAGGCGCCAGUCCAGAAAAAGAAGACCCCAGCAUGAUGACCAUCCGUCCUUUGUUACUGAGCCAGCUUUCAUGACCACAGAUGACUCCAAUGAUAUGACAGAAUAACACAUUGUUGUUUUUUUUUUUUUUUUUUUUUUUUAACUCAUCCUCUAUUUGAUCAUCAACUCAGGCAUCUGAUGCUGGAGGGAUGCAAUAUUCACAAAGGGAUAAAUGCACAUGCAUGUAUUGAAUGUGGGACAAGCACAGAAAGAUAAUUAAGAAAGCACUUUAUGGAAUCAGUUCUAAUGCAGAUUACUCUUACCUCUUAUACGUACUUGUUUUAUAGAAGCUCGUUCAAUUUCCAAAACCUGUAUGAGAUCAUAUAAGUUUAUCAAUGAACUCAGACAGAUUUGACUAGCAGCAUUAUUAAGUCACUAUGCUCAAGUUACAGUGGCCAUGUCCAAAAAGGAAAAAAAAAUAUGGGAAUUUAAGAGUUGAAUGACCCUUAAUUCAUUCUAGGUUUUGGUUAUGAGGAAGGCACACACAUUUACAGGGUCUUCCAAAAAAAGAUUUGUAUUAAAGUUGCAUGAUGCUCAUAUUUAAUUAGUAGUACAUGUAAUAUUGCAAGAGUAAAAAAAAAGAACAACAA